AUGUGUGGGACCAGCAGCUUCUCUCAGCCCAUGUGCACCAACGUAAACCCAGCCCUCCCACUGCAGAGAGGGGCUCAACAAACCAGUUUGAUCGAAUACACACGAGAAGAAGCCAACAGAGAAUUCCAGCAUGGGAUUACCGACACGACCAUGUUUUCGUCUGCUACUCCGUUCAAGAACCAGCACUACUAUGAGCUGAAGAAAGCCUGCAUCAGAGACAAGGAGCUGUUCGAAGACUCAGAAUUCCCCGCUACCAAUGCGUCUCUCUACUUUAGGAAACCUCCACCAGGAAGAGUGGAGUGGAAGAGGCCAGGGGAGAUCAGUGACUUGCCACAUCUGUUUGUCGAAGGCAUUAGCUCACAUGACUUGAACCAGGGAAUUGUGGGAAACUGCUGGUUUGUGGCUGCCUGUUCCUGUUUGGCAUUGAAGGACAAUUUGUGGAAAAAGGUGAUCCCAGACUGGAAGGAGCAGGAGUGGGACCCCAAACACCCAGAGAACUAUGCAGGCAUCUUCCACUUCCAGUUUUGGAUUUUUGGGGAGUGGGUGGACGUAGUGGUGGAUGACCGGCUGCCCACCAUCAACGGGGAGCUCAUCUACUGCCAUUCCAAGGACAACAAUGAGUUCUGGAGUGCGCUUCUGGAAAAGGCCUAUGCCAAGCUGUCAGGCUGCUAUGAGUCGCUGGAGGGAGGAAACACGGGGGAUGCAGUGGUGGAUUUCAGUGGAGCUGUGGCUGAGGCUAUUGAUCUGGAGGCAGGAGAUUUUGCCAAAGACCAAAAGAAACAAGACGAGCUGUUCACAGAUCUGCUGAAAGUCUACGACAGAGGAGGCAUCAUCAGCUGUUCCAUCAAGGCUCAACCACAUGAAAUUGAACUGAAAAUGGGCAACGGUCUGGUGAAGGGUCACGCAUACUCUGUGACGGCAGUGAAGAAUGUGCGGCUCGGUCACGGAUUCUUGGCCUAUUUUAAAAACGAGACCAUCCCCAUGAUCCGCAUGAGAAACCCCUGGGGAAAGACUGAGUGGAAGGGACCCUGGAGCGACACCUCUGAAGAGUGGGCCAAAGUUGGCGAUACUGAAAGAGGCAACCUUGGCAUCACAGUGGCUGACGAUGGAGAGUUUUGGAUGGCGUUUUCAGAUUGGUGCAAGUUCUUCACAGACGCAGAUGUGUGUCGCCUCAUCAAUACCUCUGUUAUCAGCAUUCACAAAACAUGGCAUGAGGUGGUGCACUUUGGGAGCUGGACCAAGAAUGCAGACCCUCUGUUGAACCGCAGUGGCGGCUGUGCAAAUUACAAACCAACAUUUCUACAGAACCCACAGUACAUUUUUGAUGUGACAAAGGAGGUCGAUGAGGUCCUGAUCUCUCUGCAGCAAAAAGAUAUGAAGAUUCACAGGAAAUAUGGCCAAGGAGAAAAUCUCACUGUUGGAUACAGUAUAUUCAAGGUGGAACUGAACAGGAAGUAUCGAUUACACGACAUAGUAACACAGCAGAAUGUCGGCUCUUCGACGUACAUAAAUGCCCGCACAGUGUUCAUGAGGGUGGACCUCCCACAGGGACGCUACGUGAUCCUGCCCACCACUUUCAAACCAGUGACCCUCGGGGAUUACAUGCUCCGUAUCUUCACAGACCUGGACUCGGGCUGCAAGGAGUUGACAGAGGACAAACCUCAAGUACGCUGCUGGAGUUCGUUUGUUGGUUAUCCUCAAGUGUUGAGUCACGUCUACAUCCACGCAGCAGAGGGGCUGGAGAACCAGGACUCGAGCGGAGGCGCAGACCCCUAUGUGAUCAUUUACUGUGAAGGAAAGUCUGUCAGAUCCCCCAUCAAGAAAGACACGUUAGAGCCAGAGUUUGCCGUCAGUGGUAUUUUCUACAGGAAGAAACCGAGGAAACCCAUCACUGUGCAGAUCUGGAACAGUAACGCUGUGAAGGACCAGUUCAUGGGGCAGGUGAUGCUGUCGGGCUCUGUGAAGGACAGCAUGGAGCCUCAGGUCAUGCAGCUGAGGAAACAGGGCGGUCAGAUGGCAGACGAGAUGCCGGGCAGAAUCAGCCUGAAGAUUGUGACUGUGACUCAGCUCACUGCGCUAUAA